AUGGCAAAGGCAUUGCCUACCGGCAAAGUAAGGCAGGCUGCGGAGUUUCGAGCGAUACCUAAGCUGUGGUACAUGCCUUUCUCCCUGAACUCCGCGAAGGCCGCGAUGUGCCUGCGCCUCUCUUCCGUGAACGAGGCUGCUGAGCGCGUGGACCUGGGCGUCGAGGGGCAGUACGAUUUCGAGUGUGCCCAGCUGAACCCAAACAUGACAGUGCCUUUCUUGGAGGUGGAAGAUAAAGUCAUCACCGACUCCCGGCUGAUAGCAGACCACCUCUUCCAGAAGUAUCCCGGCGCUGGCGAUCGCAAGGCCAUCAGUGAGGGCCAGAAGGAAUCGGUCAUUGCCUUCGUGGACACGAUUGCCGAAUGGGACGAGGCGGUGUGGUGUUUUACGCAUAUCGGCGAACAAGCAAGCAUGGCAAACAUACCCAGGUACAUGAAGUUGCACCAGCAAGCCCUAUUGGCCAACCAGAAGGGUUCGGAGCUGCCGCUCGUGGACGGCAUGAGCAUGGAGGACGUCUACUUAAAGAAGAUAGCGGGCCUCCGCUACUUUGAGUCGAUGCUAGGUUCGGAUCCGGGGGCUGAGGACUACCAACGAAAUAAUGAGAUUGUCUAUGAGCAGAUCUGGGCGAAAGCCAACGAGCUCCUGGCGACACGUCAAUCACAAGACUUCUUGUUCGGGGCCGAACUCACGACUGCUGAUGCGCUGUUCGUUCCCUUCCUCUACAGGAUCGGGUUCGUUGCGAAAGUGAAUCUCGAAGAGAACUUCCAGCAGUAUCCACGCGUGCGACAGUACUGGCAGCAGGUGCAAGCGACCAAAGAAGCAAAGUGUGUCACAGCCUACGGGAAACAGUUUGUUGCUAAAGUGAUGCUGCAAGCUUGCCUCCCAUGCAAGAUCGCAAGCUUUAAGUGCGGCGGUAGGAAGUACGCGGCGCUACCCGCAGAGAUGAAUCGGAAGAUCGAAGCUUUCAUCGACGAGAAACGGAAGGGCCACCUUUCUAAGUAA